GCCAUGGAUACAGUACCGCCAAAACAUCGUUAUCAACGUGGAAGUUCAGAAAAAAUAUUCGCUUGUACAGAAUACUUUGUGCGAUGUUGUUAACUUCGGCAUUUGUUUUUCGAUUUGGAAAAUUUGAAAGACUUGGGAAAAGAUCGUAAGACUCUUUAGUGUUUCAAGGAAGUUUUGCGCAUUAUACAGAAUUCUCUCUAGUUUAGGCCUGUUUUGGAUUUACACGUGUGGACUUCUUCAUGGAGCCUUCUCGAAUCUUAGGCUAUGGAAAAUGAUCAAGAAAGUUUAGAUACUGAUUUCAGUUGUAAAGAUGCUGUCAUUGAAAAAAGGAAUAAGAAAGAAGAUCAUGAUCAACUGAAUGAAAAGCACGUCGAAGGAACGAUCAUUCCUUCACGACCAAAAUGUACCAAACCUAAGCAAGGGGCGGAUGGUGAAGCAGCAAGGCUCUGGAGGAAAAAGAAAAUUUUAAAUGGAUUGAAGUCAAGGCAUUCUGAAGGGCAGAGAAAGGACAAUGAUAAUGGAAAUUGUGGUUUGAGAAACCCCCCAAAGACGAGAAGAGAGCCUUUACCUAUGCGAAAAAGAGCACUACCACAGUCUUUUUGGAAAGAGCCUGCUACAAUGCAAACAAGUUCACUUGCAGGCAAUGUCUACCCAGUCUUGCCACCACUUUUCACAACAGAAAAUAAUAAUACAGACAUGACUGAGAUAAGACCAGUUACUCCACCAGGAGAAAGUAGAAGCAAAAAGGAAUCCAAGAGGCCUACGCGAUAUUUAACAUCAGCUCCAAAUGUGGAUCUCUUAUUCAGUUUGUUUGAUCAGUUUGAGAAUAAAGUUGAUGAAAAGCGACUUGUACGGAGAGGAAGGCCCAAAAAACAACUGAAAGACAAAGAAACAUACAAACACCCACCAAAGAGAGAAGAGGAUCCAUAUAUGGUUGAUGCAUUAUCAGAAAAGUUAUUUCCGCAACUGUCACUGACUGCGUCAUCAGCAAACAAGAAUGAAAAAUUUGCAAUCAUUAAGUUAAAAACUCGUGGGCAAACAGUAGAAUUGCCCGCAAUACAGCUGGAGCAAAACUACACUGUUAUGCUUGAUGAGCUUGCAAUGCAUCUCUGAGCUUUUACUGGGUAGUGUGUUAAACACAGGCAUGGUUACUCCCCUGACAUAUAAUUUUGGGCUUCCCACCAAACCAAAGGAAAUCUACUUAUAAAUUUUUUGUGCAAAUAGUGAGCCAAGCCAGUGGUGUCAACUGUAAAGCUAUUAUUUAAGAGUUGGAUGAAAAAUCCAACGAUACUCAAGAGGGAAUGUUUAUUGAAUGCAAUUAAAAGGGGGCAAAUAAUUCAAAAUCAAAUUAUGAAAUUUCUUCCUAGAAUUUGAUUUUUUGUAGUUUGACAGUCUCUUUCAUGCUACCACCAUAAAGAGGUAGUACAUCCACCAUAAAGGGGUUAUUUUUUAAGAGAGCUUAAUUUGCCUUUCUAUUGCUCACAAAAAUCAGAGGCUUGAUCAACUGUUGCCAUGGGGCUUCAAUGAAGUUUGAAAAUUAUGAGGGGGUGAACACUGCUUAAAAACGUGGUACUAAAAUUUGACAUCCUGGAUGAUUAACACUUUUAACAAAGAGCUCAUGUUUAGAGCUUUCUGUUAUUGGUGAUUAUUUUAACAAUGUUUUCAAAAUAUCUGCAGUUUUAAGGGUAUGGGUAAGAGUUAUAAAUAUUCAAUUGUUAUUUAAAUUUGUUUUAGGUAUUUAAAGUUUUGAGGAAAUUUUAUUCCAAGAUUGUAAAUGAUCCAUUAAUUUUGACUUUGUGAUUAAUAGAAUUUUGUAAAUAAAUUUUUAUUUGGUAGCUACAAAAAGUGUUUCCAGUUGGAGUAUGUUUGGAGAAACUAGAGUGUACUUGUGAUGUAAACAGUUCAAAAAGAUGCUCUGAUGAGUAAGUUAAUACAUACAAUCCUACCAUUUGGAGGAAACCUGCUUUUCUUGGUAGCACUUUUGGAUGUUUUUUAUCAAGCUAAAAUGAUGAAGUCUUUUACCCUUGCCCCCAUUUUAGAGUGAUGAGCAUUUUAACAGAUAAUAUCUGGUACCACAAAUGCUUUUAAAUCUGUUGCUUUGAAGUAGGUCCAAACUGAGAAAGUUUGAAACUAAACACAUGCACAAAAACACAUGUCCUUGUUUUAUCUUUGCCAGUAAAUAUAGCUAUAUAUUUGCAACAUUGAUAAGUAGUUAAAAUGAGAACUUCAUAAAAAACAUUAAAUGUCAAGAACCUUCACAACAAUGCUCUGCUGUAAAUUUUAUUCCUUAUGCUAAAUGAACUUUGCUGUAAAUACUUUUGUGGAGUGGCAAUUGAAAAACAUAUGUCACCAAUUGAUGAA